AUGACACCACGUCUACCGGCCCUUCCCUCUCUUCGCGAAAUUAUUCGCAUUUACGGUCUUAGAGCACAGAAACAACUCUCACAGAAUUUCCUACUUCAGCCGUCUUCUAUAAACAGCUUCAUUAAUUGUGCUGGCAGUCUUCGAGAUGCAUGUGUUUUGGAAGUCGGCCCUGGACCCGGUGGAAUUACCAGAUCCAUUCUUCGUCAAAAACCCCGUCAUUUGGUUGUGGUGGAGAUUGACCGUCGAUUCAUCCCCUCACUCGAGGAAUUGCGUGUUUCAGCUGCUGAAAUGGGUAUCAAGAUGGAUAUCUACCGUGGUGAUAUCUUGAAGCUAAAUACUGGAGAUAUAUUCUCUAUAAACAGCAUCCAUCAAAACGAGGCGUGGGGUUCAGGAAUUACAGAUUUAGCUCCAAAAGUUGAUCGUGACUCAACCGCACUUGUUCCAGCCAGUUCAGAACGACCACCACGAGUUCGUAUACUUGGAAAUCUACCCUUUAGUAUUUCUACACCUCUUCUCAUUUCCUGGUUAGAAGACAUCAGUACUCGAAGGCAGAUUUGGCGUUUUGGACGUGUCCCCAUGACACUUACGUUUCAGAAGGAGAUUUGCGAACGCCUUGUUGCAGAUGUUUGGGAUGAACAACGCUCCCGUCUCUCUGUCCAAUUCUUGAAAGAGAUUCCGGGUUCCGCUUUUGUACCCAAACCCAAAGUGGACGCGGGUGUGGUUCGAUUGAUACCCCUUCCUCGACCGCUCAUUUCGAGUCCCUUUCCCUACGUUGAAAAGCUAAUUCGUCACGCCUUCCAGUUCAGGUAA